AUAUUUCCAGCACUUACAUUCGGAAAAGAGGUUGAACUGCUCUGGGUGAGCAAACUUCCAUGUCGGAAGAAUAUCGUGAACACACACUCAUUCGUGACAGCGGCAAAACUGGUCCCUCAUGACGUUUCUGUAUCUUAGCGUGCGCUAUCUUGGAAUAGUAUAUGCUGGCUUGCAGAUUAUCCCGUCUAUUACGACAAUGUCGCUGACCGACGUAGUGAGCUUUGUUGUGGAGGCCACAAUGAACUGGACGACUGUGGUUGUAACUGCAAUGCUGGGCGUCAUUAUGAUCACUCGGUUAUAUGCGAUGUAUCAGCGAUCCAGAACGGUGCUGGUGCUAUCGCAUCUUAUUGUCGGCUUCCUGGUUGCCAACAUUGCCAACGGAGUGAUCACCGGAAUAAUUAUGAGGCGUGUUUCGGGGGAGGAGCUCAUUCUCUCCGGGACCCAUGUGUGCUCUGUCGGCCCGGACGGAGAUGGAGACAUUUCACUUCUGAAUUUCAUGGCGGCAAUGCUCAUUACUGUGUGGGAGGUUCUCGCACUGUGUCUCGCAGUUUGGAUUGCUGUAAAACGCUUCUGUGAACUGUGCCGACAGUCAACAGGACAGAUUAUCGAGGACUGUUUCAUGGUGUUAAUGAAAUCUCACGUGGUUUACUUUGCAAGUUUUGUUGCCGUUUCGUGCUUCCAGCUAGCUUAUUUGUCUCCAGCGAUCUCAGUGAACAUGUAUGCCCUGGAAACUCAGAUCUACCUCGGUGUUCUUCAAAUUUUCUUGGUCGUGCAGAUGUUCGUGUUGGGACCACGCCUGGUCCUUGGCGUUCGAGAAUAUAACGCUAAGCUCGUGGCGGAUUCCCAUGUAGCAACCGCCAUGACUUCGAUCGCUUUCCAGGAGCGUGUGCACGUGUCAACCAGCAGCAGUGUUUAGCACGCGUGGAGAUGCUCAAUGUAAUUUACACUUGUUGCGUGCUCUUCAGGGAGCGAGUUUUUUUGUCUAUGUUCCAUCGUGGUACAUACAUACAUUGUUUGAUCUAAAGAAGCCUUGAAAGAGUAACAGGUCUGGGCAAUAC